AUGAUGUCUUUCAGGAUGGUCUCCUUGAUAGCAUCCAGGCUUGGCAAACUGUCAGUGAUGCCCACAGUGUCUACAAGGAACUGUAGUCGACAUGUCAGCAGAGAUGCCAGCAAGGCCUGGAUGGGACAGAGCCAGACACACAGGACCUCAGCCCACAGACACCGAGGGAAGGAGGAGAGGUUUGAAGAAGAAGAUCCAGAUAUGGACGAUGUAGACGACAAGGUCCAGGCUGUGCUCAGGUGAGAAACAUUUAUCCUAAACUGAACCAUAGGCUUAGCUUGGUCCCAGGUCUUUUUGAGCUGUCUUUCUGACAACAACCAUGAGACUGUUGGCGAUGCAUACAGCACAAACAGAUCUGGGACCACCAGGCUAUUGAAGGGUGCCAAUCUACACACCAGCCACUUUCACCCAGUCAGUGAUAGGCCUACACAGUAUCUAAGAUAAUAUCAUACAUUUAUUAAGUCAUCACUCCACACUCGUAAUGCAACUAGGCCUAAUGCCGUCUGUCAUCAUCUUCCCUGUGUAGUGAAGAGAGGAGGAGACGGAGGACGGUGAAGUACCAUAUAGUCAGGAGACAGCUGACUGAGUCUGGAGCUCCAGAGAGGAGGCUGAGUUGGGACGCCAUGGAGCAGGUCAGGUGAGGAAGGGUGAAAUGUUACAAAAUAUUCCGAAAUAAAUUACAUAUGUAUGACGUGUUUGAUUGUCUGUCAGGUAGACUAGGGAGUCGUGUCAGCUCUAUCUGCAAUGUUGUGAACAUUUUGCCUCAAUGACUGACUACACCAAUGACUGACUACACCAAUGACUACACCCCAGGUAUCUGAAGCAGGAGCUACCAGAGGAAUGGACCGUUGACCGUCUGGCCGAGGGAUUCUCCGUCCAUCGUGACGUCAUCCUACGAGUCCUGAGGAGCAAGUUCAUCCCCACCCCAGAGAGGAAAGCUAAACAGGACGCCAGCGUGUGGGCCAGGCUGAGACAGCAGGCUUUACCUGGUGGUGGAGGGUCAGGGGGACAGGGCAGGCAGCAAGCCCUACCUGGGGGUGGAGCAGGGGAACAGGGCAGGCAGCAAGCCCUACCUGGGGGUGGAGCAGGGGAACAGGGCAGGCAGCAAGCCCUACCUGGGGGUGGAGCAGGGGGGCAGGGCAGGCAGCAAGCCCUACCUGGGGGUGGAGCAGGGGAACAGGGCAGGCAGCAAGCCCUACCUGGGGGUGGAGCAGGGGGGCAGGGCAGGCAGCAAGCCCUACCUGGUGGUGGAGGGUCAGAGGGACCGGGCAGAUCACAGCUGCCUGGCUCUGGACACAGCAGUAGCAAACUAGCCAUGCUGCCCAUAGGAAGUGGCACUGGUGCCCUGGUCACCCUGGCUAGCCACAGUAGCCAGAGUCUGAUAGCCAGGGACUUGGAGGAUGGCCCUGACCCAAGAGCCAUGAUGACUACUGCCAAUAGUCCUGCUGCUCCUCUCAGCUCAGUACCCACCCAGCUCUCAACAUCACCAACCCUGCACAUCAGACGCACCUCAGGACAAGACAACUCUAGAGAGGAGUGGGAGGAAGAGGACAAUGUGUUGGAGAAGGUCGAGGAGAAAGAGGAGAGAUGGGAUGGAAGGGUGUUUUCAGAGGAAGAACUGGAGGAACUAAUGCUGUCAACAAAGCCCUCGCCGGUGGUACAGAACGGGAAAGAGUUCUUUGACAGUGUAGGAAACUUCCUGUACAGAAUCUGAGAUGGCAAAAUGGCACCCUAUUCCCUAUAUAGUGCACUACUUUUGACCAGGGCACUAUGUGUGCCAUUUUCAGAAGUAGCCUGAGAUUUUACAUUUACAUCAUUUAGCAGACGCUCGUAUCCAGAGCGACUUACAAAUUGGUGUUGUUAAUGUUGUUCAUAAAUACAAUGCAGUAGACUUCUGUUGGAAGAUGCCGGAGACUGA